CGGGGGGAGGCCGCCGCCGUCGCGGUAUAAAAACGGGCGGCCGCCGAGGGAGACCAGCCGAAGCGGCGACAGAGCGCCUCCCUCCCUUCCCUACGACCCUACCACCCGCUCCGCGAGAGUCCGACCGCUCGGCGCUCGCUCCCACCACAGAAAUCCCGCCGCUGGUCAGUGAUAUCUCCCUCCGGCCUCCGCACCCGCCGCCUGCUCCUCCUCCUCGCCUCCUCUUCCUCGCCGCGAAAACAAGAACCCGCGCCUUUGCCUGCUUCGGAAUUUUUCGGUUCGUCAUCUUCUGCUCCCGCCCGAGUUCACGCAGGUAGAAGAGGCUCGUCCUGUUUAUCAUGUCAGGAGGAUCAGCUGGAUCUUCACCAUCAUCAAGGCGGGCCAGCUUUAAUUCUUUAUCUAGAGACCUAGACCUUCCUUCAGAACAAGGGUGUCUAUCUAUUGUUGUACUUGGGGCUUCUGGUGACCUUGCCAAGAAGAAAACUUUCCCAGCACUCUACCACCUUUUCGAUCAGGGAUUUAUACAGUCUGGAGAAGUGCAUAUAUUUGGUUAUGCUAGAUCAAAUCUUUCUGAUGAUGGGUUAAGAGAACGCAUUCGUGGAUAUCUCAAAGGAGCCACGGAGGAAGAUCUUUCAGAAUUUUUGCAGUUGAUAAAAUAUGUCAGUGGUUCUUAUGACAAUGGGGAGGGAUUUGAGAAAUUGAACAAGGCAAUAUCAGAGUAUGAGGCGUCAAGCAAAUCAGAAAGCUAUCGCAGGCUCUUUUAUUUGGCAUUGCCUCCAUCUGUCUACCCUUCAGUGUGCAAAAUGAUCAGAACAUACUGCAUGAAUCCAUCUUCUCACCCUGGAUGGACUAGAGUCAUUGUUGAGAAACCCUUUGGAAAGGACUUGGAUUCUGCAGAAGAAUUAAGUGCCCAACUUGGGGAGCUAUUCGAGGAACACCAACUGUACAGAAUAGAUCACUACCUAGGAAAAGAGUUGGUCCAAAACUUGCUUGUCCUUCGUUUUGCCAACCGCUUGUUCUUGCCUCUUUGGAACCGUGAUAACAUUGAUAAUAUACAGAUUGUAUUUAGGGAGGACUUCGGGACUGAAGGGCGUGGAGGAUAUUUCGAUCAAUAUGGAAUCAUUCGUGAUAUUAUUCAGAACCAUUUGUUGCAGGUUUUCUGUUUGGUUGCAAUGGAAAAGCCUGUUUCCCUUAAGCCUGAGCACAUCAGAGAUGAGAAAGUCAAGGUUCUGCAAUCUGUGAACCCUAUUAAUCCUGAAGAGGUAGUCCUUGGACAAUACGAUGGCUACAAGGAUGACCCUACAGUGCCAGAUGACUCUAAUACCCCAACUUUUGCAUCUGUUGUUCUUCGGGUACACAACGAAAGAUGGGAAGGUGUUCCUUUCAUUCUUAAAGCUGGUAAAGCAUUAAACUCAAGGAAAGCAGAAGUUCGAGUGCAAUUCAAGGAUGUUCCUGGUGACAUUUUUAAAUGUAAGAAGCAAGGAAGAAAUGAGUUUGUUAUACGCCUCCAGCCAUCGGAAGCCAUGUACAUGAAACUAACUGUUAAGAAACCUGGUUUAGAAAUGGCUACUGAACAGAGUGAGCUUGAUCUGUCAUAUGGGAUGCGCUACCAAAAUGUCAAAAUUCCUGAGGCAUAUGAACGACUCAUCUUGGAUACAAUACGAGGAGACCAGCAGCACUUUGUUCGCAGAGAUGAGCUAAAGGCUGCUUGGCAGAUCUUCACUCCUUUGCUGCAUGACAUUGAUGACGGCAAGCUGAAGGCCGUUCCAUAUCAACCUGGGAGUCGAGGCCCCAAGGAAGCUGAUGAAUUGAGCACGAGAGUUGGUUAUGUCCAGACCCACGGUUAUAUAUGGAUACCACCCACCCUUGCAUAGAAGAGAAAGGUCUUUUUCCAUGGCCUCAUAGGAAUUGUGUAUCUAGGAAGAGUGCCCUACAAUAAAGUCACGAAUAUAUAUCAACGCCAUUUUUCACUGUACCAACAACUACAGCAACUCCGAUAUGAAAUAAAAAUGCAUGUUUCAAUCA